AAUCAAAACAAUUCUUUAUACAGACAAACAAAAUAUCAAAUUUUUGCAAAAGAUACUAAGAAUAUAAUUUUGUCAAAAUAUCUUAGCAAUGUUGUUGGAGCACUGUUCAUAAUCUCCUCUGAGGUGUGGAGUGCGAAGAUGGCUAAUUGGUGUUUGCGAGUGCCAUUGUUUCUAUUGCUCAGGAAAGCUCCCUUUACAGUAUCACCCGCUUUUGGUAAGAAUAAGAGAAGGACACGAUUCCAUUGUUGUUGUUGUUCUACUUCUUCCCAGUCAUGGGAACCUUCCCGGAAAAAAAAGGUUGUAAUGCGCGUGGCAUAUGUUGGCACCAAUUACCGAGGUCUCCAAAUGCAACACGAUGAACAUUUUCUGUCCACUAUUGAGAAAGAACUAGAAACUGCCGUAUUCAAGGCUGGUGGCAUUCGUGAAAGUAAUUUUGGGGAUCUGCAGAAGAUUAGAUGGGCUAGAAGCAGCCGCACUGACAAAGGAGUUCACUCUCUUGCAACAAUCGUAUCCUUUAAAAUGGAAAUCCCGGAAAAUGCUUGGAAUGGAGACCCUUAUGGCUUUGCCCUUGCAAAUUAUGUUAACUCUUAUCUUCCCUUUGAUAUCAAAGUUUUAAGCAUUUUGCCCUCACAAAGGAGCUUUGACCCCAGGAAGGAAUGUGCUUUGCGAAAGUACUCCUACCUUCUUCCUGCUGAAAUUGUUGGUAUUCAAAGCCAUUCCAGCAAUGAUGAAAUUGAUUACCACAUAUCAGACUUCCAUGAUAUUCUCAAUGUAUUUGAGGGGGAACAUCCUUUCCAUAACUAUACGGCUAGGUCUAAGUACAGGAAACAAUUUCCUAACAGGCAAUUGUCAUCAAAGAGUGUAGAGAGGUUGCCACCGAAUGAGUCUGAAUGUGAGUACAGUGAUGAGGAAGAAAAUUUUGAAAUUGACAAGGCAUUUACAGGAAAUAUGGAGUGCCAAAGCCAGAAGUGUUCAGAAACUCAUAAUUUUGGUAAAUCUGUUGGUGGCUCCGGCAAUACGAAUGGAAACAGAUUGCCUGGCCAAGACUCUAGAUUGGUUGCUCGUGCUAGAUGGUUAUAUGAACCUGAUGAAGCAGACAGAUUAAGUGCUUCCCAUUUCAGAAAAGUUUUUCAGUGUUCUUGUGGAAAGCUGGAAACAUCACUGGGACAUAAUUACAUAGAGAUAUCAAUACAGGGAGAAUCCUUCAUGUUGCAUCAGAUAAGAAAAAUGGUUGGGACAGCAGUGGCAGUAAAACGCGAGGUACUGCCAAAAGAUAUCAUAAAGCUAUCACUGGCAAGGUACUCUCGAAUUAUACUACCCCUUGCACCUUCAGAAGUUCUAAUAUUAAGGGGAAACAGAUUCUCAAUAAGAACACGACCAGGAAAUGUGACAAGACCUGAAAUGCAGACAAUAGUGGAAUCAGAAGAAAUUAACAAGGCAGUGGAUGACUUUUACACAUCAGUUAUGCUACCUCAAGUUUCAAAAUUUUUGGACCCAUCAGCAUCUCCCUGGGAAGAAUGGAUUGAGAAACUGGAUGCUCACACAAGCAUAGCAAAUGAUCAGUUGGAUGAGGUCAGGAAGGCUUGGAAUUUGUUACAAGAAAAUCUUGAAAGUAGAACGAACUAGCAGUCAAAGGUGGUGAUUGUUCUUCCUAUUCUGAAUUUGGUUGCUUAACACGCCUUAAUUAAAGUUUCUAUUGGCUAGCACCUGCAUUUUUUUUUAUUCUACCCUUGCUAUUACGUGAAGAAGGAGUUCAAUACUUUUUUUUUUUUUUUCUGAUUGUCCUGCUGUAUUUAUUCUGCCUACUUGGCCUUGGAUCUAUCAAUGGAUAAUCAUGUUUGGUCAA